AUGGACCCAACAGUCCCACCGCUCUGUGAUGGGGCUUCAUUCACUCUUUGCGAUGAUGACGUGUACGCCUUCGGGGGUGCAGUACCGAAAAUUAUUUGGUGUUUGCAUCUCGUGACACGCACUUGGUACGAGACACCGUGCACAGGCACCGUACCUGCUCCGCGUCAGAAUCAUGCGGCGGCGAGUUUUGCCGGUAAAUUACUUUUGUGCGGUGGGGAACUGCUGCGGGCAUCAUCUACACAGCCACCGAGGCUCAUGCCAUUCUACGAGUUAUCACUGAACACCUAUACUUGGACGCGUAUAGACACAUUUGGAGCCGUUCCGCUUAAUCGAUCGCAUCACUCCUGUAGUAUUCUAGGCGAGAGCAUGAUUCUGCUUGGCGGCAAACCUGUCCUGAGUCAAGACGAGGGUGCCGUGACAGAUGAAUGCAUGAACGAGUUUGUCCGUGCGGGCUUCUAUGACGUGUUUAUUCUCGAUAUAGCCUCUCGUGUCUGGCGGUCGGUGGUUGUGGUUGGCCUGACGCCGCAUCUUUGGGGCCACUCCGCGGUGGUGUACGGUGGAAGGUAUAUUUUAGUGUUUGGCGGCAUGGAGGUGGUGACGAAUGACACAGUAGCCAUCAGUCGUCACAGUAACCCGCAUCAGCGGCACGAACCGCCGGUGGCGAAGGUUUCAAAUAAACUCUACCUCUUGGAUGUGGAUCAAAUGACGUUGCGUCUUAUUUCCCCUGCCCCGAAGUACUCAAUAUCACCGCGUGCCUUUCAUGCCGCCCAUGUGGACAGCUGCAAGAUGUAUGUACUCGGCGGAUUGAAUGUCAACAUACACGGAAAAGUAGCUGUUUUGGAUGACUUGUGGGUGUAUGAUAUUAUUAAGGGGAAAUGGAAUGCGAUGGACCUUCCCAUGCAGUUUCCCGCGGCAGUGCGGAGGUUGUCCUUUGCGUACGACUCGCAGAUUGUUGUUGUGCCGAGCAUAACUUCCAUGUGGUACAUGGACGUGCACGAGAAGGCGGCGGCAAGAGCGUGGAGGGAGGUCCUCACAUCACACGUGGUGAUUGUCGUGCUUCCGGCGACAAACGAGGCCAAGGAAUACAACGAGCUUCUCAACCCUAGAAACAGGGCGGUUGAUAACGACCCCGCCGGUACUCCUCAUGCGGAGGAGAUGGAAAUAUCGCAGUCCGCGCCGGUGUCGGUGGCGCCCAAGAGAUUUCCUGUGACGCUCACGACACGAAUGAACAUGCUUAUGGAUGAGAUUCAUCAGCUACGGGAACUUAUUCUUGCACACCACAGCCCACAACAGUCUGCAUUGCAACAACAGCGAGCAGAAAGGGAUCCGCCACCCAUGACAGCCACGGAGCGUUUGCAGUAUUUGGAGGGCACAAAUGGUUCAGUAAAAACGAUAGAGAAACGCAAAAGGGAUAAAGAUAGGCAGAAAGUUUUGGCUAGGCAGAAAGAGCGCAUGCUGCACUUAAUGCAGCGUCUUGAAAAGUUGUUGCUGCUACCAAAAGCGAGAAAUCAAGAGAAAGACCAGCUAACUUUUACGAUUGAGCAGCAAUUGCUUAAACAGACGUCGGUUGAGGCGCUGAAUGGUCCACCCAUUCGUCAUGUUGCAGAAUGCAGUGAGCACGACGCCUCUGUGGGAUCUUUUCAACCGCCGCAAGACAAUGCCUCGCGGCCGCAACAACAUAAAGGAUUGGAAACGAAUGCAAUGAGUUCUCUCAGUAAAGAUGAGGGCACCUUCAGGCGUUGGGCGGAGCUUAUCGAUAUUUUAAAACACUCACCAUCGCGGCAGUCAUCAAAGGCGUUUCAGGCGAGUAUCGUUAUACUUUAA